UGGUUGUGAUCGCUUUGCCGGUUGUUUAUUUCCUCUUCUAGCGGUGUUCCAAAGAGUAAAUUCAAACUGUGCUUGGUUUUACGAUAGAAUUUGAUUUCCUUGUUUGAAACUGUGAAGACCGGUUCGUAUUUUUCGAAUCGAAUUUUUAUAUAAGGCUUUAGGUGCACUGCCGCCAAGUUCAUUCACCGGCUCUCGCAGAAGUAUGGAUACAUCUCUUACCAUAACUGAAAGUGGAGCUGUGAUAAGUGAUUUCGAUUCUCAUUACGGUAAUACCAAAAGGAAACCCAAAACGAGAAACCGUUCCAAGACAGUUCCCUGCAGAGUACGCAUGCUGGAUGGAACAGAUUUUGAAUGUGAUCUGGACAGAAGAGCCAAAGGUGCUGAUCUGGCAAAGUUAAUAGCAGAUCAACUCAAUCUUCUGGAAAAGGAUUACUUUGGUCUUACUUUUCUGGAUCAAGAUGGAAAUAGGAACUGGCUGAAUUAUGAAAAGAGAAUAAGCUCGCAAAUCAGAGCUUCAAGGAAUGCAAAAGAUGGUCCAUGGGAAUUUGGAUUUGAAGUGAAGUUCUAUCCACCAGAUCCUUCUCAAUUGCAAGAAGAUAUAACUAGGUAUCAGUUAUGCUUGCAAAUUUGCAAUGAUGUUCUUUCAGAAAAGCUUCCUUGCUCUUUUGUAACAUAUGCUCUCCUUGGUUCUUACCUUGUUCAGUCUGAAUUAGGAGAUUAUGAUCCAGAGGAACAUGCAAGCAAUUAUUUGUCAGAUUUUCGUUUUGCUCCAAAUCAAACGCCUGAAUUAGAAGAGAAAGUUGCAGAGCUUCACCGUCAGCACAAAGGUCAAACUCCAGCUGAGGCUGAGCUACAUUAUUUAGAAAAUGCUAAAAAAUUAGCCAUGUAUGGUGUCGAUCUUCAUCAAGCCAAAGAUUCUGAAGGAGUUGAAAUCAUGCUUGGUGUUUGUGCCUCUGGUCUGUUAGUAUAUCGUGAUCGUUUACGGAUCAACCGUUUCGCUUGGCCGAAAAUUUUAAAAAUUUCAUACAAACGUAAUAAUUUUUAUAUCAAGAUACGACCUGGAGAGUUUGAACAGUUUGAGAGUACUAUUGGUUUUAAGCUGCCGAAUCACAGAGCUGCUAAACGACUUUGGAAAGUUUGUGUAGAACAUCAUACAUUUUUCAGGUUGAUGAUGCCUGAACCUCCUCCCAAACCUAAACUUUUCGUUCCUCGUUUUGGGUCCAAGUUUCGAUAUUCUGGUCGAACACAAUACCAAACUCGUAUGGCUAGUGCCCUGAUAGAUCGCCCUCCACCUCACUUUGAACGCUCUAUGAGCAAUAAACGCUUUGCAUCGAGGAGUAUGGAUGGUGGAAUGUCUGCUCUUGGUUAUAGAAAUCGCUCAAUGUCAGAAUCAAGGAACACUGAAAAUAAACGCCAUACGUUAGCAAUUCCCCCUUUUCGCAGCCCUGUUGCUGAAGAUUUCAGACAAGAUAGACAGCAUAUUUCACCAACACAUUUCAUUCAAGCUUAUGAUAACUCUGCAGAGUUUGCUCAGCCAGGGGAAAAUAAGAGACCAGCUGGUGGUGUUGCAGUUUUCCCAAAUUUGGAUAAAUUUCGAGCUAAUCAACAAUCGCCAGUGCCUCCGCUAGUCACCGGAAAUCUUCACGAAACUACAGAUGACAGUAUUAAGAAAAUCUCAGAGGAACCUGGAGAUUUAGAAUCUUAUCAGAAAUUCUGGCCUCGAGACAGAAUUUUAAUAAAAACUAUAGCAACCGAAAUUAAAUCUCGUCCACUUUCAUCAAAUCACUUUCAAGAUGUGUCUGUUUCUAUCGGUAGUGAUGCUGUUACAGACAACAAAUGUUUUAUCAGAAUGAAAACUGAAGCAGAUUCUACAGUGGCAAACAAUGGUUCGAAAUUUAAACGUCAAGAAAACGAUUCUGUUUCUCCAACAGAUGCUAAAAUAAAGGAAACACAAAAUGCUGUUCACUCUUCUGAUGCCUCUUCUGAUGGCAGCCUAGCUGAGUAUGAAAUGGAAAACUCUUUAAAAAAGUCUACUUUGAACAGAAUUCCGGUUGGUGAUCAGACUUCCUUGUCAUCUGCUAAAAGCAUCCGAAAAAUUACCAUAAAAGCAAACUGUUCCGUCCUUGAUGAACCUUUAACUGCCAGUGAUGUCACAGACUAUUCUCAUCCUGCUCACUUUCAGAAACAUGCAAAUGAGGACCAUCUAUUGGAAACAUCUAUAGUUACCCAGCCUUUGGUAUCUGAAUCAACAUCAACAUUUACAACUAUUACUACAACAGAAAGUACAGGGGCAGACCCAUCUUCACCUGAAAAGUGUAUAACUAAGAAAACUAGUACAACCAGUGAACAAAAAACAAUGACACAACAGAUUUCGAAGAGUACUAAGAUUAUUACCAGUCCCAUAGAAGAUAUACAGGUAAAGUCUAAGAAAUUUCUGUAUGCAAAAAAGAGUUUUUCCAGUAUGGAUGCUCCAAUAAUGUAUGUUAAAAUCCAUUAUCAGUAUUUUUAAAUACUGAUUGUCAAACAUUUCAAAUUUUAUUUCUCCAUAAUUGUUUGUUUUAAAUAGUUAUCUUAUAU